GUUCCUCUCACCAGCACAUCAUGGUAGAUGUAACAGAGAAGGAGAUGGAUAACCCCACAUUUAAAAGUGACACUAUACUUUCUGAUGUUCACUUACACUGUCCAAACAAAAGGCACCUUAUGGUACGAUUGAAUGCAGUUGGACAACCAGUAUUCCUGUCAUAUUUCAAACUUCUUCGGGACACAGAAGAUUUGGCAUCUGAGAAACAUGUAAGAGAAGCUACAACAGAAGGAGAACACCAGUACAGAAGUGGAGAUGAACUGUGUGACAAGGACAGGAGUAAUCUAAAAAAAGAAAGAGCAUUGAAUAGUGAAGGAGUAGAAGCUCUGCUAGAUGAUGACGGAGAUUUAGAAGUGGUCAGAAGACCUCGAAGUGCCUCCGAUUUAGAAGCGGAGGAUCUUUUGAGGGAUAGAGUGUAUCCUGUAAUUCUGAUGAAAGGGAAAGAAGAUGCUUUUGAAGAUGAAGAACAAGAAUGCACUUGCAGUGAUGUUGUUAAAAUAGAACAUACUAUGGCAACCCCCUUAGAAGAUGUCGGUAAACAAGUCUGGCGUGCAGCCUUUCUUCUUGCUGAUUACAUUCUGUUUGAACGGGAUACAUUCAGGUGUUGCUCGGUGCUAGAGCUUGGAGGUGGCACUGGAAUGACAAGCAUUAUCAUGGGAACAGUUGCCAAGAGAGUUUAUUGCACAGAUGUUGGUGAAGAUCUUCUGGCCAUGUGUGAGCAAAAUGUUGCAUUAAACAAACACCUGAUGGAGCCGGGAAGAGGGGAAAUUAAAGUAAAAGAACUGGACUGGCUGAAAGAUGAAUUCUGCACUGAUCCUGAAGCUCCUUAUAGCUGGUCUGAAGGAGAGAUUGCUGAUUUGCAUGACCACUGUACUGUGAUAAUGGCAGCUGAUGUGUUCUAUGAUGAUGACCUGACAGAUGCCUUGUUCAGAACACUGUAUAGAAUCACACAAAACUUGAGAAAUCCUUGCACAGUUUACCUAGCAUUAGAAAAGAGGCUGAACUUCACUUUAAGACAUAUGGAUGUUACAUGUGAAGCCUACAGUCAUUUUAGAAAUACUCUAAAUGAUUUGGAGAACCUCCAAGAUAGAAAAAUGAAAUAUACUGUGGAGCCCAUUAAGCUUGAUUUCUGCCAGUUUCUCGUUUAUGAACGAAUUGAGCAGUUGGAAUUGUGGAAGAUCAUUGCUGAACAGCUAACGUGA